UGUCCUCGGAUCUGCUUAUGGAUGUUGCCGCGUUACAAGAAGAAGCAAUGUUUUUAGCUGGACAUGGGUACGAGCCAACACAAAUGAUGCUCAACCAGAGGAAAGUCAAGGCGAGACGGAAACGGCGAAAGGAGUUGGUCUUGAUCCAAAUAUGCUUGUUCUGCGGAUUGCUUCUAAUCGUGAAGGGCUUUUCCUUCAUAGCGGGUAAUUCAGAUUUUAUAGCUUUGGAGGAGGACGAGGAGCGAUGGGGCGGCAGGAGACUACUACAGGAAGCAAACAACUCCAGCCUGGAUUCUCUGGAGGAAGAGGAACCUAAAAACUGCACCGCUCCAGCUCUGCAUGAGUUCCCCACAGACCUGUUCACAAAAGCAGAGAGAGCAGAGGGGGCCGUGGCUCUACAUGUCCUCUGUACCAUCUACAUGUUCUGUGCUCUGGCCCUGGUUUGUGACGACUACUUUGUACCGUCUCUGGAGAAGAUCUGUGAGCGCCUGGAUCUGAGUGAGGACGUCGCCGGGGCAACCUUCAUGGCGGCUGGCAGCUCUGCACCUGAACUAUUCACAUCAGUCAUAGGCGUGUUCAUCACUAAAGGAGACGUGGGAGUAGGAACCAUUGUUGGGUCCGCUGUAUUUAACAUCCUCUGCAUCAUUGGAGUCUGUGGCUUCUUCGCGGGACAGGCAGUGAAGCUUUCUCAUUGGGCUCUACUCCGAGAUUCAAUCUAUUACACGUUCUCCAUUGUGGCCCUCAUUGCUUUUAUCUAUGACGAGAAUGUGUGCUGGUGGGAGUCACUGGUGCUUAUACUCAUGUAUGCAGUCUACAUCCUCAUUAUGAAGUUCAAUGGAAGGGCACAGCGUUACUUCGACCGGCGAAAGAAAGGCUCGAUGAACUUGGCCAACGGUCUGACAGGGAGCACGGACCUGGACGACGCUGUCAGCUGUGAUGCUACUGCGGUGCUGCUAAAGAAAGCAAACUUCCAGUGCACUCCGUCGGUGCUAAUGGUGGAUGAGCUGCUGUCUGCGUACCCACACCAGCUAUCCUUCUCUGAGGCUGGGAUGAGGAUCAUGAUCACCAGCCACUUCUCCCCCCGCACACGCCUCGCUAUGGCCUCACGCAUGCUCAUCAAUGAGAGACAAAGACUGAUCAAUACUACAGAGACCCGGGUAAACCGAUUCACUAAUGGGGACUCGGAGCCUGCCCCCAGGUCCCAGGGCAGAUGGGGUCUGGAGAAUGGUAUCAGCGCCAUAGAACAGGGUCUGAACGGAAGGUGCAGACUGCAGAGGCUCGAGUCCGGGAACGAAACUGAGAAUGAGACAGAUGACAAUGACAACAAUGAAAAUGAAGGAGAUGCAGAGGAGGACAGCAACGGGCCACUGGUGCCUUUCUCUGUACCAGCUGGUUGUUGUAACAAGUUGAAGUGGCUUUUCAUGUGGCCUCUCUCUCUCCUACUGUUCUUCACUGUACCAAACUGUUGUAAGCGGCGCUGGGAGAGAUGGUUCAUGGUCUCUUUCUUCACGGCCACCAUCUGGAUCGCUGGCCUCUCCUACAUCAUGGUGUGGAUGGUGACAGUCAUUGGUUUUACACUUGGCAUACCUGAUGUCAUCAUGGGCAUUACCUUCCUGGCAGCCGGCACCAGUGUCCCAGACUGCAUGGCCAGUGUCAUAGUGGCAAGACAAGGUCUGGGGGACAUGGCCAUCUCUAACUCCAUUGGCAGUAAUGUGUUUGACAUCCUGGUGGGGCUGGGUCUGCCCUGGGCUCUGCAAACGCUCUGCAUCGACUAUGGCUCCAAUGUACAUCUGAACAGCAAAGGGCUCAUCUUCUCUGUGGGGCUCUUGUUAGCAUCAGUUUUCUUCACAGUUGUCGGUGUUCAUUUAAACAAAUGGACUCUGGACAAGAGGCUGGGCCUGGUCUGCCUGCUCAUGUACGCCGUCUUCCUGUGCUUCUCCAUCCUCAUAGAAUUCAACGUCUUCAUUUUCGUCAACCUCCCCAUGUGUCGUGACAUUCACUGACCCCUUCACCAGUUAUUCCACUGGAAAAUUUAGGAAAACCACGCCUGGAUUUCCAAUGUCUUUUUUUACCGAAUAUAGAGCUUGGUAUAAUUUAUCUUUGGUGCAAUACAGACAGAGAGAGGGGGGCAUUACUGCUUUGAGGUACCAAAAGAAGGUCCAAGCAGAGGAGCACGCCCAUGUCAAUGCUGAUGAUUGGAGAAGGUGGACUAGAAUUGAGAACUGAAUCCAAAAUGACAUUUAUAAGUUCAGUGUUGGUGAAUUGGACGACUGUGUCCUGGUUCGACUGAUGGAGGAACUGAAAUCCUGUGAUAUGGCAGCGAUUUUUCAGCUGGAUUGUUUCUUACCAUUUGUACAAGUUUGGAAAUAAGCACACACAAUAUUUAAAGUUGUACAUAAGGGAAAAGUAUUACAGUACUGUAAGUAUUGGUCUUAUGCAACACUGGAGAGGUCUUGUAAUGGUCCAAAUGUGUACAGUAAUUUGUGGUUUGCCAGUUUGAAUGUAAGACUAUGAAAUUACUCACUAUUUCUGGCAUUAGUUAAAGAUUCUAAUUCAGAUAAUUUUGUAUUUACAACCAAGACAGUUUUGAAGACUGGGAUGAGAUCAAGAAACCAGACUUUCUCAAAUAAUGAUAGGAGGACCUCUAGUGGUA